GUUGCAACUACGAUAUUUUGUAGUUUGUAUACUCGUUGCUAAGUUUUUAUUUUAAUGCAGAUUAGUGAAGUAAAGCUUUCAUCUGUUUGUAGAUGUUUUAGUAGUCUGCCAAGAAAAUUGGGAACUGAAAAUUUUUAGCUUAAAGUCGACUACGCCCUACCUUUAUGUAUUUAUUCAAUGAUCCCACCACCUGUCCGGCGAAAUAUUUUUUUUAAACUUAGUUAUGGCGGUUAAAUUGAGCGACGAUGUUUUGGAUGAUGUUCGUGGACUGAUAAAAGAAGUGACUCGUUUUACUGAAGAAGAUGAGAACUUUAACUUGUGCUACAAGUAUGCUGUGUCAAACAUCUACAAUCACCGGUACUUGUCGGUGAACCGGCACGUGGUCAAGCAGUCGCUGGCCGACCUGGCGCUGAGGUUCCGAGUCCAGGGGCACGCUGCGAGCGCCCGGCGGCUGGACCAGCUGGUGUCGGACUUCGUGGACCACCCGGUCUUCAAGGAGCACCCGCAGAGCGACGUGCGGUGUUGUGUGGUGCAGAGCGACGUGCAGUGGUCCGUGCUGUCCGUGCUGGUGAGCCUUGCGCACGGCCCCGCCGACCCCCCGCCCCCGGCCGCGGUCCGGGAGCCGGAGGAGCAGUUCGACUGGGGGGCAUAUCUGCGCGAGGGGGAGCCGGAUGUCCACUACUACAGCUCCGACUCCGACACCGAGGACGACUGGACGUCGCCGGGCGCGGAGGAGGCACCGGAGGAGGCACCAGAGGCCAGCGAGCAGCGCCCGCGCCCGCGCACGGACGCACGGAGCGACCAGAUCCUGCAGGGGCUGCUGGCCCGGGAGUGGCUGGCAGGCAGCGUGCAGCGCGGCUGGUGGUCCUCGCUGCGCGUGUGCGAGCCGGACUGCGGCCGGCCGGGCGCCGCCAGCCUCUGGAACAAGCACGGCGCUCCUGCCGCGCAGGUGAACACGCUGAGCGAGCACAAGGUGGUGCGCGAAGUGCUGUUCAUGCUGCGGGAGCCCACGGACAUGUGUGUGUUCGCGCGCGUCGGAGACAAGUACUGCGUCCGCCCGGGCGUCACCGUGCCCAGCCUCACUCAGGGAGCGUUCAGCGGGAUGCUGCAGGAGCUGUGCGGGAACCUGGACGUGCUGAGGGAGCUGGCGGACUGCGCGGAGAGUCUGCGCUCUGGCGCGGGCCGGCCCCCGCUCACGUGCCGGGCCUUCUACUGCCUGGCGGUGGACACGCACGUCGCGCGGCUCCGGGAGGCCGUGUGCGCCCUGGAGGCCGACGUGCGCAGGCAAGAGAAGCCGCACACUCUGCUGUCUGUGAAGGAGAAGCUGCGUCCUCUUCUGGACGACCUGAGGCUUGUGCACGACUUGCACCGGAGGGCGGCCGUCGUCCCGUGGGGCAGCUCCCCCAACUGGCUCAGUGCCGCCUGUAUGUUAUCGGUAAUAUACGAAGCAUUGGAGACAGCUGUUGACGACCACGUAGCUUCCAUGAUGUUGAGUAUUUUCAUGAAAGUGUUCUCUCCGUACCUGAGGAUCGCAAACACUUGGCUGACGGGCGGCCAACUGGAAGACGACACUCAAGAAUUCAUCAUCACGAGGAGCGACCGGGCGAGCGAGGGCCUGGAAGUACGGCCCUUGGAGGCCGCGCUGCUGCAGAGAGGCGUGCGGCCGGCGCCUGUGCUGCGCCUGUUCGCCCGGCGAGUGCUGCAGGCCGGCGGGACCAUGGACUUCCUGCACAGGCUGAACCGUGUGUCGGAGGUCACCGGCCAGUCGCAGCCCUGCGGUGAACUGUUCGUGAAGCUCUCCGCAGACUCGUCCAUGCUGACUGUCGCCCUGAUAGACAAGAUCGUCGCUGCCGUGACGCACGUGGAGACCGGCAGGGCGGCUGACGAGCGCGAGAGCGAGGCUGGCGAUGACUCGGAGCCUCUUCCUGAACAAUCUCCGUACGGCUUCACGCAUCUGGAUUUUCCAAAACACAUGCGUCAGCUGGGCGACCCGUACCUGUUGGCUGCUUUUGGGUACUUGUUUGACGAGGAUUCCCAAACCGGGGCAUCGUUACACAUGCACUCGUACAAGAUGGAGGAUUCUGCUGAAACCACGGCCUUCAAAAGGCUGGACGGGCUGGCGCUGGGCGCGGCGCUGCCGCUGCGGCAGCUGCUGCAGGGGCAGCUGGGGGCGCUGGUGGCGGAGUGCCACGCGGCGGCGUGUGGCGUGGUGCGCCGCCUGCUGCUGCAGGAGCUGCUGCUGCCCGCGCACUUCUCCGCGGUGCGCCACGUCGUGCUGGGCCAGGCGGGCGACGUGCUGCACGACUUCGCCACCGGCCUCUUCUCCCAGGUGGAGCAGGGGGCCCUCAACGCGUACGUGCUGUCGCACAGUCUGCAGAACUGUGCGGAGGAGCGCUUCCCCGAGCACGGCUGGCGCUUCGCCGUGCAGGAGCGUGCCGACGAGCAGGCGUGCGCGGAUCUGCGCACCAGCGUGCUGCAGCUGAAGGCAUCGGCCCUGCGCCCGGUCCUGCAGCGCGCCGUGUCUGCCAUGGCUCUCAUCAGCACCGUGCACGUGCUGUACAAGGUGGACUGGCCAGUGUCGCUGUUCCUCAACGACGUCAACAUGAAGCUGUACAACAAGGUGUUCCAGUUCCUGUUGCAGGUCAAGUGGGCGCUUCACUCGCUCAACCACCUCAGGUUCACGGACCUGCGCGGGCCGGAGCGCGGCGCGCGGCGCCUGCAGCUGCUGAGGUUCUGGCACACGCACACGCUGGGCAGCGUGCACGCCUACCUGCUGGGGCAGGUGCUGCAGUCGGAGAGCCUGCAGCUGCAGCGCGCGCUCGACACGGCCCGGGACCUGCACGGCUUCCUGGCAGCUCACGACAACUACGUGAAGACGAUAUACAGAAAAUGCUUUUGUCCAAGAAAGCUUGACUUCAUCGUAUGUGGUGUUCAUCAGCUGGUGGCGCAGGCGUACGUGCUGAAGGCGUGCUGGGGCGAGCGUGCCGCGCCGGGCGUGCUGGACUGCCUGGAGGCCAUGUACAACCAGACACACUGCACGCUGACCAUCGUGCUGCGUCUGCACGUACAGGGGGACUUCCACUCGGAGCUGGAAGGUCUGUAUUCGGCCUUGGAUGAUAGAAUACCAUUUCCUGAAACACAUCUGUAAGAUCAUCUCACCACUGAAGAAUAACUUUAUGUGGGUUUACUGUAUAUAUGUACAUGUAUUUUUUUUCUUUCCGAAAAUAAGUUUUGAGUAUAGGUUAUUUAUUUCAAUAAUUUUGUACUGUCUAUUGAAUUACUUGCACCAAACUGCUAAAAUUGUUUACAUUUUUUUAAAUUAAAUAUAUCUAAAAGUUGUGUUCCAAAAUACUAUGUUAAUAGCUUAGAUGCACUAAAAAAACUCAAUAAAUAAGCCAUUCUUUUUGUUUAACUCAC